GGCAAAACAAGAGAAGCUCCAAACUGAUAAAGGCAAAAUGAGAGAGCUCCGAAUGCAAAAAAGGGAAAUAAUGGGCUAGAAUGAACGCCACCUUAUUGCUAACUGUUAAAGAGCUCUAGAGAAAAACUGGGAUUUCUGAUUUUAUGCACAAUGUUUUGAGAAUCUGACUAUAGUGUUUCCUUUAUAGUUUUAUUACUUGCAUUUGGGGUUACAUUUUACAAUCAAAGUAAUAAUGUUUAACACUGGCCGAACGUUUUACCUUUGUAAAGUGAUAUUGGUUAACAUCACGUCUUCUUGCAAACAUUGGUCAAAAAUGAUCAUUUUCUCACUUCAAUGUAUUGUGAUAUACCCUGGAAUUUUUAUGUGAUUUGCCAUUUUUAAUGUCUGAGCUAUUGUUGCUAGACCGUUUCCAAUAUUUUGGUACAUUACUGCCUUAAUAAUCAUUCGAAUUUUUAGGUUAAGGGCAUGAGAGAAUUUUAGGAAAAAGUUGUGACUAUGAUUAGGAUUUUGAGACAUGCAUUUCUUCAAAGAGGGUGUUUACACUGCAACAAAGUUAGUAGAACGCUUCGAAAUAUUGGAUUUACUUCAGUGAGGUGUAUGAGUGUCUCACCUGUUUUGAAUGCUGAACCAAUUCCAGUAGAAGCUGUAAAAAUCAUGGAAAAUGCUGCCGCAAGUUUGCCUGAAGUUGUCACCGACGUUGCCACUGUGGUUGUAGACCCUCCUUUUGUUGAGAUAGGACUUGCAGCUGGUUGGUGGCCGUGGCAUUUUAUCCAGAGUGGGCUGGAGUCAUUUUACUUAGCCACAGGCUCACCAUGGUGGCUUACUAUUGUGCUUGGAACUUUAACUUUGCGAGUUGUCACUUUCCCUAUUUUUGUUAAACUCGAAAGUUUGCCAUGAAGUCGUCGCAAGUUAUGCCAUUACAGCAGAAAAUGAUGACAAAGUUUCAAAAACUGCAAAGAUCCAGUGAUCCCGUGCAACAAGCACUUGGCCGACAAAAACUGCAAAAGUUUUUCAAAAAACACGGAACUGGACCUGUAUCCACUUUGGCCAACUCCUUGCCAAUGCCAAUCAUCUUUAUGUCCAGCAUUACGGCUAUCCGGCAAAUGUCUGCUGUUCCCGUUCCAUCUUUAGAAGCUACAAGCCUCCUGUGGAUGGAAAGCUUAGUGGCAGGAGAUCCAUACAGGGUCCUACCGUUAGUCACUGGAGGAGUUAUAGGGAUUACUAUUCAUUCAUCCUUUAAGAGUGGCAUGAUAGCAGGAGUGUCCCCAAGCACUAUUCAAAAGAUGAAAUUCGUGCCUCUUCUACCAAUAGUAUUGAUGCCUCUACUGAUGGGCCAUCUACCGUGCUCCAUUACUCUGUAUAUUCUAACAAACACCUGCUUCACUUACUUGUCAACCCUACUGCUACAGAAUGAAACGGUCAAACAGAAACUUAAAUUCCCUGUCAUUGAAACUCCAAAAUUGUCACAAACCCAGCAAAAGAAAGGUAUUUUCUCCAGCGCGAUGACAGAGGCAAAAGAAAAAGCCACGAAAAGAAAUGAAGAACGAAUAAUUAAAAAGGAGAGAAAAGAUUUACAAAAACAACGAAAAAAAGAACUGAAAAACCCCCCUCCCAUAACAUAUGCUAUUGGUACUGAAGCGUUUAAAAAAGAAUUUGUUCCCGAUUUUGAAAAAGAAUGGCGGCCUCCAAGGCCCAGUAUGUUUAAUAAUUAAACACAAAGCUGCAGAUUUUGAUUCGAAAUCGUGUUGUAAAGAUAAACUUCGGUCAAGCAAGUGUGGAAAAUAUCUUCGUAUAAUACUGAACAGUACAAAUUGAAAACUUUGUUAGUUUUUUGGUAAUUUUUAGGUCCAUUUUGCCAAAAUCAAAAAGCUUAAUUUUAGGCAUAUGAUCAGUUUUUCACUAGAAUUAUAAUUAUAAAAUUGGAUGUGUUAUAGCUCUGGGCAGCAUAAAAUUGCCCAAAACGGUUAAUCUGCUAUGUACUGACACCUUUAAGAAGUUCAAAAUUAUUCAGUUUUACAUUUAUUAUUAUUUGCCUUUGCCCAAAAUUCAAUACCAUUUAAACUCAUACUGUGCUAAAAUAUGUCAAAAAUGUGCUAAAAGUUUGGAGCCAUUUCAGAAAAUUACGCACCUGUUAUUUUUAAACCUUUUUCUUUUAGAAUCAAAUUUCCUACAACAUAGGGCGUUACAUAGCAGUCUAAUGUAGGUGCCUGCUGAGGGAAUAUUUGGUAUAAUCUUUGAAGUAUGGCGUCUUUAUAUGGAGAUGAAAUCAACCAAUAUCUGGACGCAACUUUUGGAUCAGACGUAAAAAGUUUGAAAAAUAUUGAAAAUAUUUUUAAAGAGGCAAAGCGGAAAAGUGAAGCCUUGAAACUGCAGUUAACAAAAGCUAAAGAAGAAAGAACAGAAAAAAUUGAAUCCGCUAUCUCUGCAUCAGUUGACGCCCUUGAGCAUGCUAAAGCACUUGAUGGCGCUACAGAGAGUAUUAUGACGGAAGUAUUGUCACGCUUGGAUGAUUCGGAAACGGCAGUGGAAAAGUUCCGAGCGGUGAAAGCUAAAAUCGAUGAAGUGGAACGAUACGUGUCGUAUUUUAAAUGGAUCGAAAAAAUUGAUGAAGCGAGUGGAGGUGUACAACAGUCAAUACUAAGCGACAGCAUGCAAGAUGCAUGUGCUACAUUCAGAACAUUAGUCAACCAUUAUACAUGCUUCACUGGUAACCAAACUAAAUGCAAACACCUGGUCAACUACUUGAAAGAUACCAUCAUGUUCUGGUACAAAAUACUGAAGGAUAAACUGUCAAAAGAUUUAGAUGGCAUUCUGAAGCAGAUAAAUUACCCGUUCAUCAACAGCCCUGGUCCAAACACACUUCAAAAGGCUCCAAACAACCCAGAAAAGUCAAUCCCAAGUCCAUACACCAACCUAGACCCUGCAAUACACUUAACUGAAGUUAUAAAGAACCUGUUGGUUCUAAAUUUGCCUCCAGAGUUAGGAAGGAGCAGUGAAGCCAGUACAUCACAUGCAGAAAAACAAGAAGAUCUACUACUCCCAUUUCAACUUUUACUUCGACCCCUCAAGCGAAGAUUCAUCUUCCACUUCACGGGAACCAAACCAACGAACGUCAUUCAUAAACCUGAGUGGUAUUUAACGCAGAUAUUAAACUGGUUGGAGAACCAUGCCGGGUUCUUAGAGCAUACGAUUCAACCAAUACUUGAUGAUAAUGGACUUGCACAUAGAGAUGCUGUGGUUAUGUUCGCACAAGGUCUCUUACAACUUGUGUGGGCCAAGUUAUCAGUGGAUAUCGAAGAGAUUAUCUACACCGAUGAACUGUAUUCUCAUGUAGUGGAUGAGGUUUUAUUAUUUGACCGUGAAUUACGAGCAGUGCAUGACAUACCCACUGCUGUAUUGAACACCUCAAGUCCACUUACCGUACUUACACAGACGCAUUGUAUACAGAAGUGGCUCAACAUUGAAAGAACAUGUGCUGCUGAAAGACUUGACACUUUACUUGCAUCUGAUGAAGCGUGGACAUCUAAGUUUAGUGAAAUAACCGAAGAUAUUGAUGAACAAAGAACCCCUCAGUGCGCGGAAACAUUUGUUAUUAUGUUACAAACAAUGACCGAUCGGCAUUUAUUACCCUUCAUACUACAGGCUCGUAUUAGCUCAACGGAUAGCACUGUAUUUGAUGCCACAAUCCAUUUGUUUGGCCGUAUUUGCACUGAAGGUGUGGAAAGCCAUACACAACUUUUGUUAAAUGAGUUUCGCGAAAAAUGUAAACCUUAUAUGUAUGAUGGUUGGCUAGCCUUGCCCACAGCAGAAGAACAAUUGGUGUUUGUAGUGUCACAAUCUGCAUGCGGUAUGCUAGCUGUAUUACAAGAUAGACUGCAUUUUCUUGAACAGAGAUUAUGUAGAGAGCUAUUCACUCAGCUAUGGAGAGUUAUUGCUGAAAAUGUGGAUAUUUAUUUGUUUAACGAGGUAAUAGUAAAGAACCACUUUAACAGUGGGGGAGCUGCACAAAUACAUUACGAUAUGACUCGUAACUUGUUCCCGAUGUUUGGCCAUUAUACCAGCAAGCCUGACAACUAUUUUAAAAGAGUAAAAGAGGGGUGUAUACUCCUAACCCUACAAAGCGGCAGCGCCUUGUUGUUACGAGAGGUUUUAGAAGAAUCCCUGAAACCCCCAGACCCUAUGGACCCACACCCUACCCCAGUUAAACCAACUUCUGCGCUAAAUGACAUCGGGGUGUUCCUUCUUUCAGCAAAGCAAGCACUGGAUAUUAUAAAGAGAAGGGUGGAGUGGACAUAGGUUUGUUUUGGGUGUUUGAACUGAUAGUGGAAUGUGCAAUACAAUGUUAAAGCACUAUUUUA